AUGACAGAUUUUACUGACCUCGAGUCCUUGCUAUCUGCAGCAUCCUACCCCGACUGCCCCCCACCACAUCAAAGUAUCAGAUCGCUGGGCCAAACACCUGCCCCGAGGUUCCAAUCCGAAAACGCAUCGCCGUUGAGAGAAUGGCGAGUGAAUGUUUCAAGGAAGCCGCGCGAGAACACAAGCGGCGUAUCGCAGCGCAGCAGCAUUCAGCAAACCAAAAGACAGCCGGUCGCAUCCUCCAUUAAAGGCGAUGCGAGCGCCGCUGUCAAUUCGACUGACGAUAGGAAGAAAGAAAAACGGCGACGACAGGUUCGCUUGGCACAACGCGCAUACCGAAACAGGCAGACAUCUACUGUCUCAUCUUUAUCCGCGCGCAAUGUUCGAUUGGAGUCUGCACUGAGUGACGUGGCUUCAACCAUGGUGGGACUCCGCGACAUGCUCUACAAUUCCAAUGCAUCGAUACUGCAGCCCGAUUACGGCUCAUUCUGCUUCGCUAGCGAGCAAUGUUUAUCUCGAAUCAGUGAGCUGGGCGUGGGCCUUUCCUUACACCCUGGUUCAUUCGAGCGAACACCAUCACGACCGCCGUUCCUAUCGCCGGUCUUCGCAUUUUCGGACAGGAAUGAUGCUCUUCCGCAGCACGCUCCCGAAAAGGACCUUGUCGAUGACUAUUUUAUUGGAGAGUGGGAUGAUGUCCCUAUAUUUACUAUUGGCGCAAGGGUAGGCAGCCGGGCCUCAGCAAAAUCGACUGCACUACCCCAGCAGCCCCCAGAACAGGACCGCCAUCGGUGGCGAAGAGUCGAGGUCCCUCUAGAGGCGCUUCCAGAGAAUAUUCGAAGUCAGUACGAAGGCAGUUGGCUCGACGCCGAGCAACUCGAAGCAUACUUGAGAACCAAAAACGUUCGACUUUACUCGCCAUCAUCGAACACUGAUCCUCGGAUGCUUACCCGCUUUGGUAAUUCUGCCGUGAACAUAACACGCUUGAUAGCCGAACUACUAGAUAAUUUCUAUAUUCUUGUCGCGCGCAACCUCAGCAACGACGACAUAAAGCCGCUCACCCGCCUUCACUCUGUCCUCAGCCACCCAGCGCGCCCAUCAUACUAG